GGUUUUGGUGCUUGCAAGGUGGGCGGACGUGGAAUCGAACAACAAUAAAUUGGAACUUGUGUUUUUAGUUAUUAGGUGAAAAACGAGGGCAAAUAGCAAUUCAAAAUGCUAUUUGUUAAAUAGCAAACAAGACUAAAAAAGGAAUGAUGCAAUCGAUGGACCAUGUUCAUUUACACAAAGCCGAAUCUCAUACGCUUUUUGGUCGGCGCAAUAUGUCUUCUGCUGCUGCUUAACUUCCUCUGGACUUCCGAUUCGGAUGGCGCAAGCAAUACAUCUCUCAGCAAGUUAAGCAUACGGCGGGUGCACAAGUAUGCACACAUACACAUACCCAAAAACAAUAAAAAUGACAGCGGGAGCGAUAGAGAGGGCAAUACAAACAUCUUGCCCGCUGCUCCUUUGGCUCCCGUUGCAAAGGAGCGCGAGUUGCACUCUAAUCGCAACUCGAGCUCACCAACAACCAGAACUGUGAUUGCGACUGCAAAUGCUACUUCCAUUUCACAAGACUUAAAUCAAGCGCAUAAUUACUUUCCGAAUGAUUAUGCAAACAGCACCCAGAAGCCCGAAAUGUCGUUGACACCAAACUGCACAGAUCCUGAUCCACGAGAUGGUGGACCCAUCACGCCGAACACAACCCUCGAAUCCCUUGAUAUUAUUGAAGCAGAGCUGGGGCCUUUGCUGCGCCCAGGUGGCGCUUAUCAGCCAACAGAUUGCGUGGCACAGCAUCAUGUUGCCAUCAUUGUGCCGUUCCGCGAUCGAUACGCACAUCUGUCGGUCUUCCUGCGCAACAUACAUCCAUUCCUAAUGAAACAACGGAUUGCCUAUCGCAUCUUUAUUAUAGAGCAAACCAAUGGCAAGCCCUUUAACCGUGCUGCCAUGAUGAAUAUCGGAUACUUGGAGGCCUUAAAGCUUUAUCAGUGGGACUGUUUUAUAUUCCACGAUGUCGACCUUAUACCCCUGGAUGACCGCAAUCUGUACAACUGUCCACGUCAGCCGCGGCACAUGUCCGUUGCAAUUGACUCGUUGAACUUCAAGUUGCCUUAUCGAUCAAUAUUUGGCGGAGUUUCUGCCAUGACUCGACAGCAUUUCCAAGCUGUUAAUGGCUUUUCCAAUUCGUUCUUUGGCUGGGGAGGUGAAGACGAUGAUAUGUCCAACAGAUUGAAGCACGCCAACUUAUUCAUAUCACGCUAUCCGAUUAAUAUAGCUCGCUAUACAAUGUUGAAGCAUCUGAAGGAGAAAGCAAAUCCCAAACGAUACGAGAAUCUCCAGAAUGGUAUCGGUAAGAUUGAAAUGGAUGGCAUCAACUCGAUUAAAUAUGAAAUCUAUAGCAUCAAAGAGUUUCCAACUUUUACUUGGUAUUUAGCAGAGCUAAAGAACUCAGAGCGCAAGAGUUAGCCUCAAACAGAAAUCAGCAAAUAAUGCGAAGCCACAGUAGUUUCCAAUUUUUCGAAAACUGCUGUCAAGAAGACAAGAUUGCAAUAAGAAUCUCAAUUCAGUGCAACGUUUUGAAUAUUACUUAUAUAAUAUGUACAAAAAAUGACAACAUUACUUUUUCAAAGUAGCCUAAUUAUCAAAGAAUAAUAGACACACAUAUUGUGUAUGUAGCAUGUCCAGUCAAUAAUAUAGAAUUACACUAUGUACUUUUGGUAGUACUAUUAGCCCCAUUGA